UGAUUUGGUGAACUUCAAACAGGAACUUGGGUUUGCAAGUGAAACCAGGGUGGGGGAGAGGAAGCCAGGCAGAGAGGCUGCGAGAGGGGAAACCGAGGCUCCGGGCAAGAUGUGGAAAGCUGCCGUGGGCCACAACGUGUCUGCAAAGGUGGACACCCAAGGAGACGACUGGGACACGGACCCGGAUUUUGUGAACGACAUUUCGGAGAAGGAACAGCGCUGGGGGGCUAAGACAAUCGAAGGGUCUGGCCGUGCCGAGCACAUCAACAUCCACCAGCUAAGAAGCAAGGUUUCUGAGGAACAUGAAGUUCUGAAGAAGAAGGAGCUGGAAGCGGCACCCAAGGCUUCCUAUGGCUAUGGGGGCAAGUUUGGAACCGAGAAGGAUCGCAUGGACAAGAGUGCCCUGGGCCAUGAGUAUGUUGCCGAGGUCAGCGUGCACGCUUCCCAGACGGACGCAGCCAAGGGUUUCGGUGGAAAGUACGGCAUUCAGAAGGACCGAGCAGAUAAGUCUGCACUUGGAUUUGACUACAAGGGAGAGGUAGAAAUGCACACAUCUCAAAAAGACUAUGCUGUUGGGUUUGGUGGGAAGUACGGCGUGCAGAAGGACCGCCAAGACAAGUCUGCCCUGGGUUGGUCCCACAAGGAAGAAGUCAAGCCCCAUGAAUCUCAAACAGACCACGCCGUUGGGUUUGGUGGGAAGUAUGGCAUACAGAAGGACCGCCAAGAUAAGUCUGCCCUGGGUUGGUCCCACAAGGAGGAGGUCAAGCCCCAUGAAUCUCAAACAGAUCAUGCCGUUGGGUUUGGUGGGAAGUAUGGUGUGCAGAAGGACCGUCAAGACAAGUCUGCUCUUGGAUGGGCCCACAAGGAGGAGGUCAAGCCCCACGAAUCCCAGACAGACCAUGCUGUUGGGUUUGGUGGGAAGUACGGCGUGCAGAAGGACCGUCAAGACAAGUCUGCCCUGGGUUGGUCCCACAAGGAGGAGGUCAAGCCUCACGAAUCCCAGACAGACCAUGCUGUUGGGUUUGGUGGGAAGUACGGCGUGCAGAAGGACCGUCAAGACAAGUCUGCCUUGGGUUGGGCCCACAAGGAGGAAGUCAAGCCCCACGAAUCCCAGACAGACUAUUCCCAGGGCUUUGGAGGCCGUUAUGGGGUACAGAAAGACAGAGUGGACAAGAGCGCUGCCAGUUUUGGUGAAAUGGAAGCUCCCCUUUCCUCAUAUCAAAAGACAAAACCUGUAGAGGCUGCUUCUGCUGGGAUGGGUAACUUGAGGCAACGUUUUGAAAACAUGGCCAAGACUGCAGAGGAAGAGGACAAGAAGAGGGCAGAAGAGGAACGAGCCCGUCGUCGCCAGUCCCAGGAACUUCAGGAAGCCCAAGAGAAGUCAAAGGGAAUGAAGAGGAGUGAAGAGCGAGUUCAGAGCCCUCCGUCGGUGCCUAGACAGAUGCACAGAAAGGGCAACCUGCCCCCUCUGCCUCCCGAACACCAGGAAGAAGAAGAAGAAGAAGAGGAUAAUCCUCCAGUUCUUCCUCCACGGGGCCUGGACUUGCAAGGUGGCACCAGAGAACCUCCUCUCCCACCUUCUGGCCAGGACCAGGACCAGGAGCAGGAGCAGCCCAUCUAUACGGAAAGCAUCGAAGAUGGUGGUGAUUACGAGGAGGUGAUUGAAAAUCUGGACCGUCCGGAACCUCCUCCCUUCGUUGAUGAAGAAGGAGGGGAUUAUGAGGAAAUGCCGGAUCACAAGGAAGUCUCCAAUGAUGACAGUGCUGAAGUGGACCAGGAAUAUGAGGACCUCUGCAGUGGUUAUCCUGAAGGAAUGACUUCUUCAGCUGUUGAAGAGCAUAUAUAUGAUGUGAGUGAAGGAAGCCUAUCUGCCCUGGCCCUUUAUGACUAUCAAGGAGAGGGGGAUGAUGAGAUUUCCUUUGACCCUGGAGAUACCAUCACAUCCAUCGAACGGGUAGACGAGGGCUGGUGGCGUGGAUCUUGCGGGGGUAGAGUUGGCCUAUUCCCCGCUAACUAUGUGAAGCUCCUUUCGUGAAGAUCUGCCCAAUGGUGGAAGCACCCAUCCCCUGCUUCUCCAGCGCCCUUGUCUUACUUGCUGUGCGACACAACCAGACCACAACCCUCUCCUGAGGUAGGGAAAAGUGGAGAAGACCUGCCUCCUCUUGCAUGGAACAGUCAGAUGCGUUUUCCUUCCAAGAGCAAUUGUACAUCUCCAGGGUCUGUCCUCCUCUUCUUCUCGUCAUGCGGUGUUUUCUGAACCUGGUUUCUUCAAUCUUUGGAACUGGAUCCCCACAACCUUCCCAUGCUCCAUCUUUCUGGGGCUCCCAAUUCCAUCUUGGCUAAACCUCUCAUGGACCAAGAGAAAACCUGUGAGAUCUCUUGUUCUCUUAUCCUCAUGGCUUGCACGCCAGCCACUGGAAAACAGAGGAAGUAUAUUAAACCAUAAGCAACAUAAA